AUGAAUAAUCGAAUUCGAACUCAAAAAAAGGUUUAUACACCAACAACAAGUGCACCUGAACCUGAAUGUUAUUUAUGUCGAAUAAUUGAAACUGGUGAAUGUAUGAUCGUCCAUCGUUCCAGUAUAAAGCGUAUUUAUGAUGAUACAGCUGAAAUAAUGGUGUAUGAUCGUCGAAUAGAAGCAACAAUUGAAUAUCGAGGUACUCGUGAUGAAUGUCGACGUGUAUGGGAAAAAAAAGAAGAAGGUCAAAAAUCGAAUAAUGUUGAUGAAGCAAAUGAUUCAGAAGGUGAAAA